CCACCACACUGGCCUGUACCAUGUGAUAAUGCACCGGCCUACUGGAAAAAAUUAAAAUUGCUUGGUGACGACAUUACCAUAUCACCAUCAUUUGUAAAAGUCCGUGGGAAAUCAUGUCCGAAGUGUAAAAGGUUCGUUGAGAAACUGGGUGGCUGUUUUUUAAUGAGUUGUGCAUGCGGAGCCAGUUUCUGCUGGGGAUGUUUGGGCACGUAUCCAAACAACCACAUAUGGAGUGAAAAAUGCGAUCAGUAUAGUAAUGGAGACAUGAAAGGAACAACUACCCUAAGGGUUACCGAAAUGGAUGGUCAGUCUUCUAAUGUAUCAAAUAAAAAUAGGAGUGAAGAUUACAAACAAGCCGUUAACCAUCGAAAAGGUCGUCAUCCAAUAAAAAUAAGCAAACUGAGAACAGGCUCUCGUCAGAUUCAAUUUAAAUGUAAAAACAUAGCCAAAAGGAAAGGACCACUAUAUUUUCAAAUGUUCGAUGGCACAGAAGAUAAUGUUUCUAUUUGUUCAGAUGUGGAAGAAAAGAUUAAAGAAUUACUGAACAAUAUGGUAUCAGUUUACAUUGAGCUUCAUCACAUGGCAGAAUAUUGCUACGUUUUUAUUGAUAAACUUAUAAAAUCCGGUAUUAAAUGUUCACAGCUUCGAGGAAAUGCUGAUAUCCUUGGUCAUUUAGCCAAUAGGAUAUUUAGUAUUUUAACAGGAUCCGGUGACGUGAAGGACUGCCGAUCAUUUCUCUCUUCUUUAUUGCAGAUUCAACAAAAAACCGUAGAUAUCACGAAAAACAUUGUUUCGUUCACUAAAAAGUUUACAGCAUAAGCAUGCAUCUGCUACAAAAAGUAAUGAUAAAUUAUGUUUUUAUUUAAUUUUACUGAACAAACUUAGAUUACCACUUGAAAUGAGGGCAAGGUCGUUUGACAAUAUUAGAGAUAUCAGACGAAUAUAUACCAUCCUGUUUUGAAUUAUUCAUAAAUUUAUAUUGAUAAGAAUUUCUCCAGAUUGAUAUAUUCAUGAUUUUGCUGUAUAUGAAAUAUCCUCCGGAGUAUAGCUGCCGAUACUAGCUAGAGAAUAAAACAUCAUAAUUUCAAUUCGGUUAUAGCGAGCAUUCUUUAAUUUGUUACAUUUUGACAUUGCUCUCCUUUUAUUUGGAUGUUGUUGUCUCUCGUGCAGGUGUUAAUGAGAGUUCAGUGAUUUUCUAUAAUGAUUGUUAUGUUACGUUUUCUAUGUUUCUUUAAAUGUUCUACAAAUCGAUCUUAAAAAUGAGUGAAUGAAAAAUAUCGAAAAUAGGUGGACCUUAUAAAAAUUAAAUUUCCUUGGUAAUGAUUUAUGAUACGCAUAGCUUGAACGUGAAUUUUUGCUGAUUCUAGACAACAAAAACUUGUUGCGUUGCAAUUAUUUUUAUACGCCCGUUUACGGGACGUAUUAUGGUAUACCGUUGUCCGUCUGUCCGUCCUUCCGUCGUCAACAUGUCGGACAUCAACUCAAAAACGCUUUAUCCAAUUUGAAUGAAACUUUGGUGAAUUGUUUAUAUCUAUUGACGUGAGCUCCCUUUCGUUUUUUAUAAAUUUUAUAUUUUACGUUUCCGAGUUUUUAGGUUUUAUUCAUUACGAAAGGGGGAUUUUCCAGUUUUCGGACAAUAAUUUUCCUGAAACUUUGGUGAAUUGUUUAUAUCUAUUGACAUAAGCUCCUUUUCAAUUUUUAUAAAUUUCAGAUUUUACAUUUACUAGUUAUGGGGUUUUAUUCAUUAAAAAAAGGGGGAUUUUCCAGUUUUCGGUCAACAACUCAAAAAUGCUUUCAGCAGUUUUCAUGAAACGUUGGUAAAUUGUUUAUAUAUAUUGUUGUAAGCUCCCAUUUGAUUUUUAUGAAUUUUAGAUUUUACGUUUCCGAGUUAUGGGAUUUUAUUCAUAAAAAAGGGGUGAUUUGCAAUUUUUCGGACGAUAUGCUUAAAGUGCUUUGAGCAGUUUUCAUUAAACUUUGGUGACUGAUUUAUGUCUAUUAAGAUAACCUCCCAUUAGUUUUUUUUUAUAAAUUUCUGGUAUAACAUUGAGAAGUUAUUGAACGUUAUUCUUUGAAAACACGACUAUAACAUUGAGAAGUUAUUGAACUUUAUUCUUUGAAAACACGACGGGCGUAUCAUGCGCUCAUGGCGCACCUGUUUAUUUUUUAUCACAAACUCUUGCUUGCGAACGAUUAUGAUUUUUAUACGACCGCAAAAAAAUUUUGCGGUCGUAUAUUGGUAUGACGUUGGCGUCGUCGCAUCGUCGUCAUCAUCGUCGUCGUCGUCCGAAGACACAUUGGUUUUCGCACUCUAACUUUAGUUUAAGUGAAUGGAUCUCUAUGAAAUUUUACCAUAAGGUUCAAUACCACAAAAGGAAGGUUGGGAUUGAUUUUGGGGGUUAUGGUACCAACAGUUAAGGAAUAAGGGGCCAAAAAUAAGCAUUUUUUUAACUUCCAGACAUAACUUGUGUGUUAGUGUAUGAAUCUCUCUGACAUUGUACCACAAGGUUCCAUAUCACAAAGGGAAUGCUGGGAUUGAUUUUGGGGGUAAUUGCCUCAAAAUUUAAGGAAUGAGGGGCCAAAAAAGGGGCAAAAAACAAGCAUUUUUCUAGUUUCAUGACAAUAAAUUGUGUGUAAGUGUAUGGAUCUUUCUGAAAUGGUACUACAAGGUUCCAUAUCACAAAGGGAAAGCUGGAAUUGAGUUUGGGGGGUAAUUGCCCAAAACGUUUAGGAAUAAGGGGCCAAAAAGGGGCAAAAAUAAGCAUUUUUCUAGUUUCCAGACAAUAACUUGUGUUCAAGUGUAUGGAUCUCUCUGAAAUUAUACUGCAAGGUACCAUAAUACAAAGGGAAUGCUGGGAUUGAUUUUGGGGGUAACUGCUUCAAAAUUUUAGGAAUUAGGGGCCUAAAAGUGGCAAAAAACAAGCAUUUUUCUAGUUUCAGGACAAUAACUCGUGUGUAAGUGUAUGGAUCUUUAUGAAAUUGUACUACAAGGUUUCAUAUCACAAAGGGAAAGCUGGGUUUGAGUUUGGGGGUAAUUGCCCUAAACGUUUAGGAAUUUGGGGCCAAAAAGGGGCCAAAAAAGCAAGCAUUUUUCUAGUUUCCAGACAAUAACUUGUGUUCAAGUGUAUGGAUCUCUCUGAAAUUGUACUGCAAGGUACCAUACCACAAAGGGAAGGCUGGGAUUGAGUUUGGGGGUGAUGAAUCAUAAGGGGGUUGAAAAAAUUUGGGGGGAGGGAUUCUUUUUUCUUUUUUUUUUCUUUAAAAUUUUCCAUUUUAAAUUGGUUAUUUCUGAUUUAUAUUUAAAAGCAAAUAAUAAUGAUAUGGUUUGAAUAGGUAAAUUAAAAAUUUAUAAGUUCUUAGACCACAUUCAUUCUGUGUCAGAAACCUAUGCUGUGUCAAAUAUUUAAUCACAAUCCAAAUUCAGUGUGUAUCAAGCUUGAAUGUUGUGUCCAUACUUGCCCCAACUGUUCAGGGUUCGCCCUCUGCGGUCGUAUCAAGCUGCGCCCGGCGAAGCAUUUUAUUAAGGUUGUAUAGGAAUUUAAACGAAAAAAUGAUAGGCGUUGCAUGCAUAUAUUUUUAUAUCGGGUUAUGCUUAAAAUAUAUACUAGUAUUAGAAAGUCUUAGCUACCGAGCUUGUUUUAAUCCACAUUUCCUUCAUAAAAUAUUUUGUAGGAUUAUACAUGGAAUAAGCACACAUAGCUUUAUGGAAAUGUAAACAAAGUUAUACCCACAAGUAACAAUAAAUCGGCCAGACAAGAUAUUUUCAAAAUCAUUGUUCUUAUAAGAAGCACAUUCUCUAAGAUUUGCAGAUUUUUUUUAAGACACCAAUGACAUAACUACGAAACUAACUUGAUUUCCAAGUGAACUACAUGUAAAGAAAAUAUGCUCUUUUUCAUUCAUGUGCCAGAUCCGCGUAGCCUAAAUCGGCCAAUCGUAAAUUUGAUGCACUGGAAGGUCAAGAGAAAGAAUUGUUUCUAUCACGUUUUAGGUAGAAAUUGUGUCUAUGCUGUUGUUCAAAUAAAAAUGAUAAAUCAUGUACAA